AUGACGAACGUGCAAGUUCCCAAUGUACCCGCAGUAGAGAUAAAGAAAGAAGCCGCCAGUGCAGAACUCCUGACCAACGCGUGCCACUUCUCAGUCUCCAAGGCCAGGGCACCCCCAGCUCCCUGUGGUCCUGGGAAAACUCAAGUGAAUUCAUCAGGCUUCCAGCUCCUGGUGACUCAGUCCUGGCGUUCCCAAGAGCAGGAGGACGGUGAUGAGCAGGUCCUGUCUGCUUACCUCCCUGCCACGGUGGAGUUCGCUGUGCACACAUUCAAUCUGCAGAGCGAAGACAACGCUGCCUACAGGCUGGAGCGCGUCCUGAGUGCCUGGAGGGAGAAGGAUUAUUCCAAGCUGGUGUUCUCCAUGAACCUGCUGCUUCAUCAGACCAGGUGUGGGAAAUUUCAGGAAGACAUCGACAAUUGCCCCUUUCACCAAAGCCCAGAGCUGGACAAGGUGAGACAGGACACCAGACCUCAUGUACACAGCUGUGGAUGCUCCUGUGUGUGGACAGGAAGAAUCCUGUUCUUCAUCUGCUUCUUCACCGUGGACGCCGUGCCCUGGGAAACACAGUUCAAACUCCUGAACAGGACCUGCUCGGAGGGGUUCCCCUGA